AAACUCGACUUUGCCUCAUUUUCUCACGAUGGUUGACGCCAAGCAGCUUGUGGAAUGGUUCCCGAACAAAAAGGCCAAGGCGCCGGGGAUGAAAAAUGCCAACGUCUUUUAUCGGAACCUCGAAGAAGCUCUUGACAUCAAGCGCGCCGAGAAUGCCACCUUCACCAUUCGCAAGAAUGAACCGAACCCGCGUUCGAUGGACUUCAGCACCCUCGACUUCCUACACCUUAGCAAAUCCGGGCUGAUCAGACAACCAUUCCUUGAUGAACUUAGUGCGCAUCCUGACUUCCAUCUCGGCGCUGGUGGCUCGAGGCUCCUCAACGGCAACAACGCUUAUACCGACGAGGCCGAGAAGGAAAUUGCCGAGUUUCACAGCGGCGAGACUAGCCUGCUGUUCCACUCGGGUUUCGAAGCCAAUGUCGCAAUUAUGGUAUCUGUACCGCGGCCGGGCGAUGCAAUCGUGUUUGACGAGCUCGUCCACGCUAGCAUGCACGAAGGCAUGCAGACCUCGAAAGCUUUGUGCAAGAAGAGCUUCAAGCACAACGACACUGAAAGCUUUCGCGAGGUGUUGCUCGAGAUUCGGGAGUCCGAGCAGAUGAUCCGAGAAGGAAAACGCAGCAUCUUGGUCGCCCUAGAAUCUCUUUACAGCAUGGACGGCGACUUGUGUCCGCUUAAGGAGCUCAUCGAGAUUGGUGGAGAGAUCUUCCCCGACGGCAACAUCCAAUUCUUCGUCGAUGAGGCGCACACCACUGGAGUUUUCGGUCAUCAAGGUCGAGGUUUCGUCAAUGAGCUUGGUCUGGAGCACAAGGUGGCCAUUCGUAUGCACACAUAUGGCAAAGCCUUGGCGUGCACGGGUGCAUCUGUCGUAUGCAAUGACACUGUGCGUGAUACACUGGUGAAUACCGCACGUUGCUUCAUUUACAGCACUGCCCCAUCGUUCCCUAUGGUGGCGGCAAUCAAAGCUGGGUACUAUCUAAUGAGGUCCGGUCAAACCGAGGCUCUGCAAGAUAACAUUCGCCACAAUGUCAAGCACUUCUGCAAGACCAUGUCUGAGCACGAAAUUUGGGACGAGGCGAACGACGAAGGCAUCCUGCGGAUUCCCAACAUGGAUGAUUGGGAGAACAACCCCAUGAUCACACAGGUCAUGCCUGUUAUGACUCGCCAGAGAUAUACCAAGUUUCUCUGCUACCAUCUGCAGCUUCAAAGUCUCAACUGCUUUCCUAUCGACUACCCUGUGGUUCCACGUGGUUUCAACCGUCUGCGAAUCGUCUUUCACGCCACGAACACCGAAGCCGAGGUGGAACAUCUAGCUAACAGCAUCUGUGAGUGGGCUCAAGAGAUGCUAUUGCUAGAAGAGAGCGGAAAGGGUGGUGUCAGGAUCCCUUCGGCUGCUCGACAAGUUAAUGAGGCUCAUGCGGCCGCCGAGCUCGGUCGCGCGGGCGUCCCGAGUGGUCCUUAAGGCCAGUGCAAAUUUCUCCAGAACCGGUCACGCUGU